AUGCAAAAUAACCCCAACCUUCCCGUCAAGUCCCUGCAGUCACGUGUCGGCAGGCAGAACCAGCGCUACAAUCCGGAAAGCGGCGCCCGCAUGGUGGCCGGGUGCAUCUGUUUGAACGACGCCAAGGACAAGGUGGUGAUGGUUCUGUCCAGUGCGCACAAAGGCCAGUGGGUAUUUCCAAAGGGUGGAAUUGAAAUGGACGAGGGCGAGGAUUACAUAGUUAGUGCGGUGCGCGAAACGUGGGAGGAGGCCGGGUGCGAGGGCCGGAUCUUGGCCAAGUUGCCGGUGGUGCUCGACACCAGGGGCCGCAAGGCGCCAGUUUUGAGCGUAGAGCAGCGUGGCCACGACUGGGACCCGGCCAGAUUCGUGCCGCGCCUGGAGUUCCAUUUUUACGAGAUGCUAGUAGAAAGCUUGAGCAGCGAGUGGCCCGAGCUGGCGACCCGCGAGCGCCGGUGGUGCACGUAUUCCGAGGCGCGGCACGAGCUUCUCAAGGCGAGGCGGCCGGAGCUUGUGCUGGCGUUGGAUGCCUCGUCGGUGGUGAAGGACUGCCUGGGCGAGGUGGGCGAGGACGCGUAUUGA